GGUUUAAUUUUUUCAAAUAAAAGGGAAAAGAAAAACAUGUUUUCUGUAAAAACGAAAAGAAAGCAUUGACCAGAUAGACAGUCAAAGAAGUAAAAUAGUAUUCAAUGAACAUCAAGUUUCCUUUAAUCGGCUGCUAGCUUACAUUAGCUUAGUUAACAAUGCCAGGACCAGGAGCUCACCUGAUGUACGCGAUGGGCUCAGGUGUGGCUCUCACCACUAUGACCAAAGGCAGGUUCAGCCCUCACCACACCCUCACCUACACAAUCAACGCAUUUUUCGGACCAGAUAUUGGUUCAUUCUCCGAGUGGCUUGGGUCAAAUCUUGGAUCCUCAGCUCAGCAACUGGGAUCUGCUCUAGCUGAAUAUAUUCACGAUCCUUUCUUCUAUGUCUUGAUUCUGGGUUUUCCUUUAUCUGUUUUUUAUUCUUGGGUUUCUAAAGUUUUGCUUCAAAGAAAGUUUCUUGAUUCAGUUUCUGGGGUGCCCCUUUCAAGGAGGCAGUGCUUCUUAUUGGUGUCUGCUGGGUGUUUAUCACACUUUUUCCUAGAUCACCUGUUUGAGGAAAAUGGACAUUCAACGAUGUAUACCUGGAUAUUGAGCACAGGUUGGUGGAAGAAUCGGGCCGCUGUCAAUCCAGAUGCUGUUAUAGUAGUCGGCUUCUUAUGCACUUGCUUAAUUGGUGGUUUUAUAUACAUUAACAGAGUGAAAUCUUUGAAGUCCACCAGAAAACAAUCAUAUCAAUCAUUAAAAUUUAUUCUGGUCAUUGCGAGCCUCUACUGUUUGUGGUGUGCAAGCCAGAUGUACGGAGUAAAUCCUCCUAGGCCAGCAGUUGGUGAAGAGGCUGAUCUCGGAGUACUUGUAUUUUUAGCAACUUACUUCUUUCUCCCUCAUUCUUUGUGUAUAAUGUCCAUGAACACAAAAGACCACGAAGCAGAGCAACUUCCAAUUUAAAGAAUCACAUUGGUAAGAUGGGGAAUUCCGCCUGGUUCUGCAAUUCGUAAUCAGUUUCCACAAUCCUGCAGGCAUACUUUUUCAGUCAUUCUCGUCUCCUGGAACUGGCCUAUCUUGACUAGUUAUUUUUUUUAUUUUUAAUAUUCCACUUGUAUUGCAUGCUAGAUAUUCUGUAUAUAGAAAGAGUUUAUGACUUCUGUAUACGUCAACUUUUGGUAGUGCAAAUGCCAAAACACAUUAUUUGAAUAAAAAGAAUAUAAGGCUCCAAAUUCAAUGGUA